AUGGGGAGGCUGCUGACUCAGGACAAUUGGGACAAGGCCAGAGAGGUGAAGAACUUCACGGAUGUUUUGCACCAGAACCUGGCAGACCGACUCACCCAGGCGAAGCGUGGAAUUCAGGAACCCGCCGUCUCCGAGAGGCGACUGCGGGUGGAGCAACUCCUCCGCCAGAAUGCUGAUCCGAACGCUCUGGACCGUCUCGGCCACACAGCCCUCUUCGGUGCUGCGUACGAAGGACACCCGGAGCUGGUCGAGGCGCUGCUGAAGGCCGGUGCCCAGCUGGAUGCCCGCGACGAGCAGGGCUUCACGGCCCUCAUCUAUGCUGCAAACGCUGGCCAUCUGAAGGUGGUGGAGGCGUUGGUGAAGGCCGGAGCUCAGCUGGAGCCGCGGAAUGAGCGGGGCAUCACAGCCUGCAUGCUCGCUGCAAACAAGGGCCACUUGAAGGUGGUGGAGGCGUUGGUGAAGGCCGGAGCUCAGCUGGAUGCCCGGAGUGAGCAAGGCUUCACAGCCCUCAUGUCUGCUUCAAACGAAGGCCACUUGAAGGUGGUCGAGGCUUUGCUGAGGGCUGGUGCCCAGCCGCAUUUGAAGGAUGUGGCUGGCAAAACAGCCUUUGACUAUGCACGAGAGCAGGGGCACUUGCAGAUUGCGGAUGUCCUGAAGCAUCUGACUGGACAUGGUCAAAAGCCCCCAAAACCCUAA